CACACCCAUCUUGUCUCUGUAAGAGCUGACAUUCAUUCAGUCUGUUCUCAAUCUUACACAAUUGUAAUUCUCCUCUACGUUUCUAUCAGUCUUAUAAUUUAUUCUGAGCUUAUAUUUUUUCAAGUCAUAUAUUAUUCUAUAGUGUUUAUUAUUUGUCUAAGUCUUUUAAAAGUGUUCUAAAUUUUUCUAAGUCUUUAUAAAUUUAAAGUGUUUAUUAUUUUUAAAACAUGGCUGGUUCAAUCGAUGACAACGCUACCUUAUACAAUGAGAAGAAGAAGGCUUUCACUUAUGUACCACCAACACCUCCGGCUGAACUCAUCGAGUCUACAUCUUACACGUUAGACUUUACAGCUAGAAAAUUUAUAAUUGUCGGUAUCGAUCCAACAGAACAACUUCAAACAGUUGUUCUUUUAUUAACAUCGUCACGUUAUGUGAAAAUUAGUACAGAUUUUAUAAGACGGAUAUUCUCGCUUAUGGGUAACGUACUAUCUUUUAUAUUAGACAAGCCACAAAAUUAUAAGCGAACCAUAUUUCUCGAAACCGAUUCUUAUAAAAUAUCGAGUAUGGUGUAUAGCGGUUCAAACGUUCUAGUAAUUGAAUCUAAGACUAAAGACGGAUGUAGAGUUUUAUUAAACCGUAUAGAUUUAAUAAAACUCCAAGAAUUAGAAUGGUGUAUUACUGCUAGUAUUAAAGAAAAAGAAGCGAACAUAAAACCUAAAAUUAUUAAACAAAUUAAUAAUUAUUGCGAGUAUUUGAGGAAAAAAUACUCGCAAUCGGAUUCACCACCCAACAAUUUGAGGGAAAUGGAAAUUUUCAUUCGGAACGUUGAAGUCAGGCAGAGUAUGGACACACCUAACCUCAGUCAAAUUAAAAUGUUUGCGACUACACAAUUGGCGGAGCUUUGUGUAGCUCAUCGGAACGCACGAAACUCAGAACCAUAUGACAAGAAUUUCAAAAGGUUGUCAUCUUUGUCACCUAACUUUUCAACAAUAAUGGAUGAAACGGCUAAAUUGUAUGAAGACAUUGAUGCAUGUGAUGAAAUCAAUCCGUUGGAGGAUGAUAAUUUAGUUAAGUAUGAGUAUUCACCGAUAUCACCAAACUAUUCUCCAGACAACAAUAUAUCAAUUAAACAGGAAGUUGCCACUACAUCUAUUCUAGCUAAGGUAAUUGAUAUAUUGUUGUCUGGAGAAUAG